AUUUCAAAAUGGAAGAAGUAUAUAUUAUCUACUUUCUAUUUAUAAAUAUAAUUUGUUGAAAAAAUAAAUCCAAAGUUUAUCCUAUAUAUGAAAUUAUCCAAAACAGCCAAUAUGAAAUGAAGGAAAUAUACCUACCUAGAGUAGCCAACUGGCAAGUUGUUGAAAAAUCUGGAAGUUCAUUCAUCGAAAUUCUAAAUUAAACACCCCUGAAUGAUUUUUCGACUCUUGAGGCAGUUGCAACAGCAACUGAUAAAACUAAACAAAACUUCCACUCUUCCAACAAUAUAAUAAUAAAUCCCCAAAAAUCAAAAUAAAAAAAAUUAUACCUACAGUAAUCAAGUAGGUACAUUAAAAAAUUCAACCCAAAAUAAAAAAUUCCACCCCUUAACUCAUCCCAUCCCCUAUAAAUCCCCCCUAACAUGGUGCUUCACCAAUCAACCCCCACCACUUUUUUUCACUACAUAUUAACCAAACUACACAGGAACAACAACAACAAAAACAAAAAACAACUAUAUACCCAACAAAAAUUAUAAUGGAUUCAAAGAAAUCCAACAAAAUUAGAGAUAUAGUUAGGCUUCAACAAAUCUUGAAAAAAUGGAGAAAAGUUGCAAAUGCUUCAAAAAACAACAGCAUUAGUUCUACUUCUACUACAACUUCAGCCGCCGCAAGCACCACCAACAAUGGUGGUGGUAGUGGUGGUGGAAAUAAAGGAAUGAAGUUUCUUAAAAAGACACUUUCUUUUUCAGAUAACUCUGUUUCAUCUGUUUCAACAACAGAAUAUGUACCAAAAGGUUACUUAGCAGUUUGUGUAGGAAAAGAGCUUAAAAGAUAUGUUAUUCCAACUGAUUAUUUGGGUCAUCAAGCAUUUGGGAUUUUAUUAAGAGAAGCUGAAGAAGAAUUUGGAUUUCAUCAAGAAGGUGUUCUUAAGAUCCCAUGUGAAGUUGCUAUUUUUGAGAAGAUCUUAAAAAUGGUGCAACAUAACAAAGAAGAAUUUUAUUUUCAUGAAUUGGGUAGUUUUGAAUUUCAUGCAUCUGACAUUGAUGUCAUGAGUUCUAAUCUAAGUGGUUGUUGUUCUCCUGAUUGUGAGCAACUUCUUCAACCUUCUAUUCCUCAGUUGUGCAGAUAAAAUUAACUACUAAGUACUACAUCCCUUGCCUUUUUUUGUUGGAGGAAAAUGUAUGUUUUUGGGAGAGAAAUGGAUGAGUAUUAUACACAAAGUUUAAAGGGGAAUGUGGUAGAAUUUUUCUUACUUUUUCCUCAUUAGAACAAAUAUAUUGUUCAGUUUGUAAUGGUUGAUUAGUUUUUAAUAGAUCAGUCAUUCAUGUA